GUUCCCAAGACACGCAGCGGAUCUUGCAAUAGCAAUAGGAGCCCACCUUCGGGACAAUGCCUAAGUGAUUGACGUCGCGGUGGAUCAUUUUUUAGAAUGGCUAUUGUGCACUGCCAUCGUUGUCUUUGGUUUGCCUAGAGAUUUACCUUGGAAUAUCUCCACUGUCUGGGUUCUUGGCGGGAUGGUAACAAAUAAGGGUUUCACAGAUGCUAAGUAUGACGCAUGCCACGAUCGCAGGCUCUAUACUGCAGAUUACUGGCCCAGAUUCAGGGAGGCCUUUAUCCUGAGCUUGUUUAUUUGCUGGUAGUUGCGAUCAUGAAGAGGGGUUGGAUAUGGCAUGGCACGCAGUAUGAUGUCAUGGGUACUUGUGAUGACAUAUAUGUAUUGAGAGUCGCCGCGGCUCCCGGGAACGAGAGCAUAGGUCUUUUGAAGACUUGAAUUCAAUUGUAUACCAUCAUCAUACUCUUUGAGCCAAGCUCAAACCAUCAUCAUGGACAUCGUGCAGAAGUUCGGCCACCUCAAGGCCGACCCGAAGACGGGACGGCGCACCAGCUCCGCCCAGGCGGAGGAAGAACUGGCCUUAAAACAGCGCGCGUUCAACUAUCUCCUGGGCAACUUCGGUCGCCCUGAUAACGACCACCCGGACCGGAGAUCCAGCGGCGCCAGUAACAUGGCUGGCAUGGUCUACGCUGCGCAGCAGAAUGCCCGCGUUGAGAGGGAUACCACUCCCUCUCUACCGGGGGGUAGCCGUAAUGAGAGUCACGCCAAUGAUACCGCCAGUAGAGAGGGACCCUCCUCGGACAUUGAUGAUGACUCGGGCAGAGUGGCAAUAAGCCCUAUCGAUGGAGAUGGAAUCAGCCCCACCAAUACUGGGCCUUCGUAUCGAGAGACGGUACCUCCUUCUUACAACACGGUCAACGAGACAACGCACUAUCCCGACAAUGCAGUCAGAGAACCAACGUACUAUCCGGACGAUACGGUCAGAGAAACGACCACUGCUGAGUAUGUCCCGGGAGCACCCGGGAUUAUCAGACCAAUUUGAUCCCCCAGUAACCAGUGUAAUUCCAGGCGUCGGAGGCGUUGGGUCAACGGGGCGAAGGGAGGGCUGUCUCAUGUCCCUGACUGUUUGCGUCGGGAUGACUUCAUGAUCGACAGUCUCACUUGUCCUGUGUUUUGUUUUGUCCGAGCUUUGUAUAGUAACCUUUCCCGCUCUGUAUAGUUGAUAUCACAAAUCACGUUUAGUUGUUUAAACCUUUCGA